AUGGAGCAGACGAAGGCUCUUAACGCGCUGGAGCCAUUCAUCGCUCUCUCCAAAUCAGCUACAUCUCCUCGCGCAGCUGCGGAUCUCGUCACCAGAGCUACAUCAGCACCAAACACAUUCCUCUUCAGUGAUCUCUUACAAACACCCGUCAUCCAGAACCUCGCCGACUCAGAGUUCGCUUCGCAUCUAAAACUUCUCCAGAUCUUCUCCUAUGGAACAUACUCGUCAUACAAAACGACAGAAGGCCUACCAGCGCUUGCCGAAGUACAGGCAACUAAGCUACGGCAGCUAUCGCUUCUAUCACUGGUCCGAGAUCGACAGAACCUCUCCUAUGCCGCGCUACAGGAAGCCCUGGAUCUUCCUGGAGCACGCGAGGUAGAGGCGUUGGUGAUUUCUGCGGUUUACGCUGGUCUACUUCACGCCACGCUUGACCCAGCUCGUGCAGUCGUGCAGGUCACCAGUGUUGCGCCUCUACGUGAUCUCGCCCCUGGAGCGAUACCUGACAUGGCCGCUGCGUUGAAGAAAUGGUCUGACCGCUGCACCACCACCCUCGAAGGCCUUGAUCUUCAGAUCAAGGAGAUCCGAACAACAGCCGCAGCUCGACAGCGUGAGCAGCGCCUGGCGGACGAGAAGUUACAGCAGUUAAUCAACGAACAACAAGAGGGAAUGGGACCACGCAAGUACGAUCUGCCAAACAUGACACGGGACCUGGGUAGACGGGGGUUUAACAAGCGAUCAGUCAUGGAUACAGGUAAUUUGGUGGACAACGACAGUAUGGAUGUCGACGAGGCCGAAGAGGAGAAGAAACGAGCAAAUAAGCGCAAGCUUUGA